AUGUCAGCAACUUCUAAGGUACUUACCCAAGUUAAUCCAAUUAAUUUGAAGUUUUAUCUUUACAUUUUAACAAUCAUCGUUGCCACAAUACCAGGUUUUAUUAUAUUAGGAAUAUUUAAAAGUUUUAUCUCAACAAUAGAUUAUGAAUAUAUGGGAAUUUUUUCAAUGUUAUGUGUUGUUUUAAAAAAUAUUAUUACAAUUAUCUUAGGAUCUUUUUCUAUGAUAAUUUAUUGUGAUAUGGUUUUUCCAAUAACAAUGAUUGGAUUUGAAUAUAUUUUAACUAAAAUAUAA